CUCCUCUCAACAUAACCCUCACCCGGUUCAUCCACCCUCAUCCACAUCUUCAACAGUUCCUUGCACUUCUUGCCCCUGAUGCUGAUGGGAACCUCAUAUCCUUCAAUACCUCUCCGGCAACUUUGUUAUCCCCUAGUUUAUUCACCGAGCUCGUGCAUGUGAACUCCGCCAAUGCCAUGUCGGGGUAUGUAUCCAAUACGCCGCACAAGGCAUCAAAAAAAAGACCCCCACAACAUCCGCGCCGGAUGUUUGGGUUGAUGCGCCUGCGCGUUCCCCAGUGCCGGCCUGUUCAAGCUGCUUUUGCGGCUGACGAUGAAAUCGACGAUUGCCCGGUUGAUGAAGAUGUUUUUGUGCGUUAUUUUCCUUCAAGCAUGGCAUCAAGUCAGGAACAUGGCGGCUUUCUGUGCCGCCCCCACAUCCUGGGAGUCUGCGGGCAUCCCCAACCCGCCCAUGGAAACGGUCAAUUUCUCGAGACCGUCCAUGUGCCGGAAAAAGAACUCGCCCAUCCGACGGACAGAUUGGACGUACCCGCCGGUGCGAGUGAUCAUCUUGCGUGCGCGGCCGCCGUCGAGGGUGGAGGUCAUGAGGUGGACUUCAAAAGACUCGAGCAUAGAGCGAACCGGGCGGGGGUGCCAGUUCUCGAGGAUCAACUUUCGAGGCGCAAUGCCGCCACCCUUCGAUACCUCGUCAAAGGUGUUGCGCCAGAGCCGGUGCAUGAUGAUAUUCAACUCCCGCCUCAACACGUCGUCCCAGCUUCUCUCAAGGUUCUUAAAUAUGCCGUCUGGGCCCAGGGGAUGAAGUCCGCCUGCUGCGAGUAG